GCUUCUUUCAGAAUUUUUGUCUAACAGAAACAGAUCAAAGUUUGAAGUUGAAGAACCCGUCCAUUCUCAUGAGAAAGUUGAUAGGAAAAAUGAUAAAAUCUCCACUUACGAACCCAGAUAGGCCGAGGGCGGAAUGGGAGAGUAGCUUCAGCAGCAAGUCAUCAGAUAAUGUGAAUGAAGAAUACAAGAAAGCUUUUAGGACGACGUCUUACGUUGAAAUGUUGAGUAAAGUCCAGCGCCAGCUGGGAAGAACAAGCUUAGAGAAAUUUUCUUCUUCUGCUUCUUCUUCACCUCGCUUGCUUCAUCAUCUCUCUGACUUCCUGCUUGAACCUAAACAAGAAACUUUGAUAAACAUGAUGGAGAGCUUCAAAAUCCAUCGACUUCUUGUGGAUUACUUCAGAGCUAGCUUUGAGGCAUAUAAUACAUGUGAAUUCCUCCUCCAAGGUGUCCAUCAAACUCAGGCUAACUAUCGGAAAAUCAAAAGGGUUAUCAAGAUUAGCAAGAGGGUGCAUGAUUUUUCAGAUUCCACAGAUGAUGAAGAUCAACGUUUGAUUGAGGUUAUAUUGAAGGAGCUAUAUGGGUUUGUUCUGCUUAAGAACCCUUUAUCAAUUAUUAGCCCAGUGAGAUUUGGUGAGAUUCAUGAUAAUAACAUGGAGUUGCUGCAUAAGUUGACAUCAAAAAAGAAGAAGAUAAAGAGGAUAUUAAAAUUGAAAAGACUCGGCAAAAGGGUUGGAGGUUAUAGUCUUGUUAUUUCACACAGUGCCCUUGUAGUUGUCUUGCUAGUUCUUGCAUUCCACAGUAUGAUUGGACUCGUAGCAGCACCAGGACUCAUUGCCUGCUUUCUAGGUUUCUCCAAGAAGAAAAUCAGGUCUGGCACGAGAAGGGUUAAAUCAAGCUUGCCUGAGAGACUUGGUGUACAGCUUGACAUUGCUGCGAAAGGAAUUUUUGUUCUGAUCAAUGAUUUUGAUACCAUGAGCAGACUGGUUUGUAGACUAUACGAUGAAAUAGAACAUCUCAAAACAAUUGCCAAUAUGUGUGUGAGAAAUGGGAAAAGUAACGUAUUGAAGGAGGUUGUUAGAGAGUUUCAGAUGCAUGGGCCUGUCUUCUUGGAACAGUUGGAAGAGCUUGAACAACAUAUUUACUUGUGUUUUCUCACGAUAAACAGAUCAAGCAGCUUUGUCAUAGAGAAGAUAAUCGACACACAACCAGAAACAUAAGGCAUGAUUUUUGUAUAUAUUUAUCUUGAUGAUGGUAAUUGGCUAGAUAAAUUUGAUUCAUAUAGAGUUCAAAUUCCAUACAGACAGAUCAGUUUCCAGAACGAGGCUUCACUCUGUAAAUCUAGGUAAAGAAAUGAGUACAGAUCUGGCCUGCCUUCUUCGUUCUUUGCUACAUGUUACCUUUUGCUCCCAGAAGGCUUCAGACACUGUUUUUCCUGUUCAAAUUCGGCUUCUUUCAUUCUUUGUUAAUGUUUUGUAGAGAGAGGCUGACAGUCUUUUCCUUAUUGUAUUGAUUAGUUAUUUAUUUCACAUUCUAUUUGAGUUUAUCACCAAAAGUUUCAAUCUAUUUGAGUUUAUUACUAAAAGUUUUACAAACCCACAAAUGAAUGUCUACUGCAACG